UAUUGAUUGUUUGUUGAGCUACAUAGAGCAGGUUGUUACAAAUUCAAUUUUGGAACAUGGACAAAGCUGUCGUUCAGACCAAGCUUGCAAGAGUGAGAGCGGUUGUUGGCAGAACCGGUUCUCAGGGUCAAUGUACACAGGUCCGUGUGGAAUUUCUGGAUGAUACUAAUAGGACAAUCAUAAGAAACGUGAAAGGCCCCAUUCGAGAAGGCGAUAUUUUAACCUUGUUGGAAACUGAAAGAGAAGCCAGAAGGUUACGUUAAUGUAUUCCAAAUAAAAGGUGGUUGUAAAA